AUGGAUCCUCAAAACCGCACCAUUGGAGAGUUUGACUCACUAGACAUCUUUUUCACAAACCGCCAACCUAUAUGCCCUUCACGACCUACUGGAGAGUUCAAGAUAAGCUCUAAACUCAUUGCUUUGGUGGAGCAGCAUCAGUUUCGUGGCCUAGAAGAAGAGCAGCCCAUUGAUCAUAUUGAGAAGUUUGAAGAAAUCUGCGCUACAAGGAGAUGUAGUGGAAUUUCUGAGGAUUACUUGAAGUGUACUUUAUUCUCUUUCUCUUUGGUUGAGAAGGCAUACAAAUGGAUGAGGGCUCUUCCAGCAGGAUCAAUCACUACUUGGGAUGAAUACAAGAGAGCUUUCUUGAAGAAUUUCUACCCAAAAGAGAGAUUAAAAUGGAUGAGAAGAAGAAUCUCAGAAUUUCGACAUGAGGCACAUGAAUCAUUCUUUGAGGCUGUUUCACGGUUCAAGGAGUACAAGAGAGAGUGCCCUCACCAUGGUUUUACAGAGAUUGCUUUGCUAAACUUCUUCUAUCAAGGAGUUGAUGAGAAAUUCAAGAUGGCACUCAACAUCGCAAGUCAAGGGGACUUCAUGACUAAUACAGUUGCUCAAGCCAAUACUCUCAUUGAUAACUUGGCUGCAAGCAACAAAUAUUCUUGCUUGGACUAUGAGAAAAACGUGGAGCACAUCAAGCCAAGUUCAGACUUUUCAGAAAUCCUUGAGCUGAAAUCAAUGGUUGCUCAAUUUCUCAAGAACCAGCAAAGGGAUGCAUACCAAUGUGAGAACAUGGGAGCUUCUCAUGGUAAGGAUAAAGAGGAGUGUAAUGGUGAUAACUCUCAUAAGCAGCAAGGAGAAGUCAACUACAUUGAUGCUAGAGAGGAAAGACUCGAAGCUAUGAUGCAACAGCUAAUGGAAAAUCAACAACAUAUGAUGGAAAGACAAGAGCAAAACGCCCAAGAGAUUGAAAACCUUGAGUUCAAAAUGGCGAACGACUAUGGUCAUCUCAACAGAAAAGAUGAUGAGAUAUUUGCAAAGCUCUUUGAUCUAACCAAUCAUGUGAAGAUGCUUGAGGUGCAAGUUGCUCAAACUGCAGAAGGUAUGAAGAGGCAAGAGGGUUUUCUUCCAAGUAAGACUGAGUUAAAUCCAAGAGUUUGCAAAGUUAUCACAACUCAGAACAAGGACGUGGUCUCACCAGCCCCUAGAGAUCAUUCAACCCUCAAAAACCCAUUGGAAUGGCCUGAAGAUGAUGAGCCAAUCUACAAGGGACCUCAUCAAAGAAAGCUGCAUAAGAUGGAAGAUCCAGGGCAAUUUGUUUUCCCAUGCACAAUCAAUGGUAUGGAUUUUAUUGAUUCCCUCUGCGAUACAGGAGCUAAUGUGAAGUUAUGA